GGUCAUACUGAUUACUUCCAAAUUUUUUACAAAAAGUUCCAAUGAAAAUUAAAAAACAUCUUUUCGUACCUUUAAUGCAAUAAUAUGUAUAUAUUUAAAUAUAUAUAUAAUAUAUAAUAUGAAGCAUGCCGAUUCAGGCUCCCUCAUGGACAGAUUUUCUGAACUGUCCCAUCUGCUGCAAUGAAUUCGCGGCCAGCCAGCGCUGCCCGGUCAGCCUGGGCUGCGGACACACCAUUUGCAAGCUAUGCCUGACGACCCUCUACAAUCGGCAAUGUCCCUUCGACCAGACUGUGAUUGUCAGCGACAUCGACAAUCUUCCGGUAAACCAUGCCCUACUCCAGUUGGUCAAGGAUUCGGAGCUGGUGGAGCUGGGACCUCCACCGCCCAGUGUCCAGAAGCUUGAACCGGAGCACCUGAAGUGCUACCAGUUGGGUCAGCGAUGCAUUGAGGAGCUGGCCUUGCACUUGAAGUCCUUCCUCAACCUGAACGGCAAUGGCAAUCUCCUGACGCGACCCAUGCAGCGCAAGCUGGUCACCCUGGUCAAUUGUCAACUGAUGGAGGAGGAGGGAAGGGUGAGGGCACUGCGUGCAGCUAGAUCCCUGGGCGAGCGUACGGUCACCGAGCUUAUUCUGCAGCACCAGAACCCCCAGCAACUGAGCUCCAAUCUAUGGGCAGCGGUUAGGACAAGAGGAUGUCAGUUCCUCGGACCCGCCAUGCAAGAGGAGGUGCUAAAGCUGGUACUCCUGGCCUUGGAGGAAGGAUCUGCGCUCUCGCGAAAAGUGCUGGUCAUGUUCGUGGUGCAGCGUUUGGAACCGCAGUUCCCCCAGGCCUCCAAGACGAGUAUUGGUCAUGUGGUGCAGCUACUAUACCGUGCCAGCUGCUUCAAGGUAUCCAAGCGGGAGGCGGACUCAUCGCUGAUGCAACUCAAGGAGGAGUUCCGGACGUACGACGCCCUGCGUCGAGAGCACGAUGCCCAGAUUGUCCAAAUAGCCACCGAGGCGGGCCUGCGAAUCGCUCCGGAGCAAUGGUCUUCCCUCCUGUAUGGCGACGUGAUGCACAAGAGCCACAUGCAGAGCAUCAUCGACAAGCUGCAGACGCCCAGCUCCUUCGCUCAAUCGGUGCAAGAGCUGGUCAUCGCUCUGCAACGCACCAGUGACCCGGCCAAGCUGGCAAGUCUCCAUCAUCACCUCAAGUACCUGGCCAAUAUCGAUCCCUGUGCGGAGGUGGCUCCCUGGCCGGAUUUGGCUGAAGCCUUGGACGCGGUUCGCCACUCGGUUGUGGGUCUGGUGAACUUCCUUCAGCAUCAUGGCGUGCGCAAGGCCCAGGAUGGAAUCAGUGGCAGUGGCAGUGGCGGAGCAGCUACCAGCAAUCCCAAGUACAAGAUCAGCCUGUGCAGGGACCUAAACGUGCGGAGGGUUUGUCCCAGAGGUGCCAGCUGUACCUUUGCCCACUCCCAGGAGGAGGUGGAGCGCUAUCGUGCCCGGAAUCGAGGUAAGCACAUGAAAACACCAUUGGCUCUGCAGGGACCUCCAGGGAUUAGUGGCGGAGCCAUCAAAAAACCACUGGGCGAGCCGGAUGGACAACCCAUGGGAAUGCCACCCAUGUUGCCUGUGUCGCCGAUGCACUACAUGGGCUCACCCAGGGGCUAUCUAGAGCCCAAUUUGGGUCUUUCCCCCGGAGGUGGGGGACUGCCACCACAGCAACCGCCACCGCCGCCGCUGCUUCAUCCUUCGCACCACAGCCCCAUUGCACGACUGAUAGUGCCCGGUCGCUACGAUCCCCGCUUCACUGGCUAUGGCGUGGCACCGCCGAGGAAUCCAUCGCCGCGGGACUAUCAAGGCAAUCCGGGUCCGGGAGUACCGCCUCCGCAACGCAAUGCCAACCCACCGAGCUUCAGUGUGAACAACAACAUGCACAAGGGCUUUAUGCUGCCCGGCGGUGGUGAUGUCUUCCACAUGGGUCAUCCCUGGGAGCAUGCCUACCUGGGACAGCAGCAGCAGCCGCAGCAUCCUCAGCAUCCCCAGCAGCAGCAGCAGCAGCCACCGUCCAGCAAGCCGAAUCCCAGCCGACCGUUGUCGAUUUUAGCCGCAACAGCUGAUACCUCAUUUUAUGAAAAGAAACCGCCGAAUAGUGUAAACAUAGACCUGGACAGAUCCUCGGAGUCCGAUGUGGAUGUUCUGCCUCUGUUCCGUCGCUCCAACAACAACAACAACAUCAACAGCAAUAACAAUAACAACAGCUCCCACAACAACAAUAAUAACAACAAUCAUGGCUCAUCUCUGCUGUUCUGGAAUAACUCGAGCAAGGAGUCAGCGAACUUUGUACGCUCCGAUUCCAUAUUGGAUGACGAUGCGUCGACGUUUGAUGUGCCCACCGGCUCCUCCAUGCACAGUCGCUACGGUCCGAUUUGUCCCAAGAGUAGCACCGGUUCUGGUUCCACCAAUUGGAAUAAUUGGUUGCUGGAGAACGAUAUGAAGAAUGCCGAGUUCCUGAGCGACAAGACAACCGAUCUGGGAUAUGGGGGCGGCUACAAGAGCGAUAGGAACGAUAACUUUAAUGCCAGCAAGCCGCAGCAACCGAUGUGGGGCAGAAAGCCGCAACUGAUGUCGGAGGACAGCUUCGAGGGCGGCAUCGACAGUGGUAUGAUGCUGCAGCUGGAGAAGAACCUGGUCGACAUUGUCGAUCCCGAUGAUAGCGGCAUCAAGGUGGACUAAACAACAGUCCUGGGCACUCACCCAGAGGAUAUAUCUAUAUAGGGUUUAUAUAUAGAACGAAGAUGAGUGGUAGAAUAUGUAUAAUGCAAUCAUUUUACACAUCGUUAGAAAGGUUUGUACCGCACAGUUCAAACUCUUUGGUAGAAUUUCAAUUGUAACCGUAACUGUAGUUAAAAACUGAUCCGACCGAUCCGUUAUUGGAUCGGAGCCAAAACAAAAACAUCAAAAUGGGUUGGGUACCGUCUAUUAGAAUAUAUUAAAUAAUUGUCUAAUUAGUUCAUUGU